UAGUCGUUUCUUCACAAUAUAUGCUUGCAGUGGAAUCGCAUUUUCUGGAGAGCACAGAAUCUAGCUAGGAGAAGCAAUGAGGGUGUCGUUGGUACUUUUUGGGUGUUUAGCUCUUGCCCUGCUGAUUCAAGGACAAGAUGAAUCAGGAUUCAUAAGCAUAGAUUGUGGAAUGCGCGAAGCUUCGAGCUACACAGACACCAUAACGGGAAUAUAUUAUAGUUCAGAUGAAAAUUUUGUGGAGACUGGUUUAAGCAUGCCUGUAUCAUCUGAAUUCAUUCCUAACUUAGCCAGCCAACAGUUUUUGAAUGUUAGAAGCUUUCCUGAAGGAACCAGAAACUGUUAUACUCUAAGACCUCAAGGAGGGAGAGGUAAUAAAUAUUUUAUAAGGGCAUGGUUCUUGUAUGGAAACUAUGAUGAUCAAAAUCAGCCACCACUUUUUGAUCUGUACAUUGGAGUUGAAUUCUGGAAGACUGUGACAAUCAAGGAUUCAACCACUAUUUGGAGGCACGAGAUCAUACACGUUCCCACUGCAGAUUAUAUAAAUGUUUGUCUCGUGAGCACAGACCAAGGAACACCUUUCAUCUCAGCAUUGGAGUUGAGGCCUUUGAAUAAUUCCAUGUAUGAGACAAAAAAUAAUGUAUCACUAGAAUACUGGUGGCGUCGAGAUUUUGGUUCAACAAGGAAUGACUAUGUUUCUGAAUUUAUCAGAUACAAAGAUGAUGUUUAUGAUCGCGAGUGGAGGCCAUAUAGCCAGAACUACACAAAGUUAAGUACCCCAUCAUCGAAUUCUAUUGUAGAAUCUGACGGUCUGUACAACCCACCAUCUGAAGUCAUGAGCUCUGCCAUUAAACCAAAUGUUAGCAGCGAUUCCUUGUACUUCUCAUGGGAGCCUGUCACUCCCACAGACCAAUUUUACAUCUACUUAUACUUUGCGGAAGUUCAAGUGUUGCAAAAAAACCAAACCAGAGAAUUCAACAUUUACUUGAAUGGGCAGCAAUGGUAUAAAGAACCAGUUUCCCCCAAUUAUUUAUCAUCAACUACGGUAUACAGUACAUCACCUUCGAGUUAUGCAAGUUAUGAGCUUUCAAUCAUUAAGACCAAUAAUUCAACUCUCCCUCCCAUCAUCAAUGCCAUGGAGCUUUAUGUUGUAAAACAGUUCUUACAGUCGCAAACAGAUGACAAAGAUGUCGCUGCUAUGAAGAGCAUAAAGUCGAAAUAUGAAGUGAAAAGAAACUGGCAAGGAGAUCCAUGUGCCCCUCGAGAAUUCGUUUGGGAUGGCCUCAACUGUAGCAUAAUUGGUUUUGAUUCCCCUAGGAUCACAUCCUUGAACUUGUCCUCUGGUGGAUUGACAGGGGAGAUAGCUCCUGACAUAUCCAAUCUCACCAUGCUACAAUCUUUGGAUUUGUCAAACAAUAGCUUAAUUGGAGAGGUGCCUAAUUUUCUCUCUCAACUGACUUCCUUGAAAGUCCUAAACUUGGAGGGAAACAAUUUCACAGGCUCACUUCCACCAGAUUUGGUUGCAAGGUCGAAUAAUGGUUCACUGGCAUUAAGUAUUGACCCGAUUGAAGGUGAAAACACAAAUCCUUGUAAUUCUAGUCCAUGCAAAAAGAAAAAGAGCAAGGUUGUUCCGAUAGUAGCAUCUGUAGCAGCUGCACUUUGUUCGCUCUUAAUUGCGAUAAUGGCUGCCUUAUGGAUUAUUAAAAGAAGAAGACGAGUAAUCUCAGUAGUCAGAAAGGAGGAUGCCGAAACAAACCAAAGAGAUGUGUACAUGGAGGUGAAGAACAGACAGUUAACAUACUCUCAAGUCGUGCAUAUUACCAAUAACUUCGAGAAGAUAGUUGGGAAAGGAGGCUUUGGAAAAGUUUAUCUUGGCUAUUUAGGUGGCUCUCAAGUUGCCGUAAAGAUGCUCUCUUCAUCAUCAGUUCAAGGGUAUAAGGAAUUUCAAGCAGAGGCCGACCUUCUUGUGAGUGUUCGUCAUAAAAACUUAACUUCUCUUGUUGGGUACUGCAAAGAAGGCACGUACAUGGGAAUCAUCUAUGAGUACAUGGUUAAUGGAAACUUAACAAGGCAUCUUUUAGAUAAAAAUUCAGUUGUUUUGAGUUGGGAAGAGAGGCUCAGAAUAGCACUUGACGCGGCACAAGGGCUGGAGUAUUUGCAUCAUGGUUGCAAGCCGCCAAUAAUCCACAGAGAUGUGAAGUCUACCAAUAUCUUGCUGAAUGAAAAAUUCCAAGCCAAGCUUUCUGAUUUCGGGUUGUCCAGAGUUUUUCCAACUGAAGGGGGAACUCAUGUAUCAACUACUGUUGCCGGCACUCCUGGCUACCUUGAUCCUGAGUGUUGCACAUCAAAUAGGUUUACUGAGAAAAGUGAUGUGUAUAGCUUUGGGAUUGUUGUCUUGGAAAUAAUUACAAGUAAGCCACCAAUAGCAAGAGGCUAUGACAAGACUCACAUAAUUCAAUGGGUUAGUUCCGUGCUUGAAAAUGGGGAUAUUAAAGGCAUUGUUGAUCCGAGGCUACAGGGAGAUUUUGAGGUUAAUUCUGUCUGGAAAGCAGUAGAGUUGGCAAUGAGUUGUGUGUCUCAGCCUUCCACCAUAAGGCCAACUAUGAAUUAUGUGGUGAUGGAAUUAAGGGACUGUUUGGCAACAGAGAUAGCUCGUCACCAUACAGAAUCCAAAGAUUCAAUUGAAGGACCUAUACAUCUGGACACAGAAAUGAGUCUCCCAAUGAUACGAUAACUCCACAAGUUAAAUAUCUCAUGUGUUUGGUGUUGAAUCGUAUCUACUUAUUGCAUAUUUGCGUGUUUGUACUUAAUAAGUUUUAUCAGAACAUGUAGCAGCAAUGGACAUAUUAUUCAUAAUUCACUGUAAAAUUCGAUAUGGAAACUAUAUAUACAAUUUUUGAGUGUUGCCGGGGGAAGUUAGCUGUUCAAAGAAACUUAAACCAGAAGGGAAUCAUUGAGUAUAAAAUUUGUAGAUCUUGUGAAUUAGAGGAUGAAGCAGUUGAGCAUCUACUUCUGAGAUAUCAAAUUGCAGUAUUUGUAUGAAAACUAUCUCCUUUUUUUUUUUUUUUUUUUUUCGCGGGGGGCUCACACACGUACACUAUCUCCUUUGAGAUUACAACUUACCAGAUUGGGUUAUAAAAGUUGGAUUGAUUAGUGAAGAGAAAGUUAAUGGAAUGUUGCAAGUGAAAAGUUUGAAUGUUGUAGUGGACAAUUUGUGAAAUGUGUAUGUGAGUAUUUACCUAACUAAAAAAAAGAAAAAAAGAAAAAAAAUUAAUAGUAAUAAUAAACUUCUCCCUCUUUGCAACUUGCCGGGAAAAACAGAAAUCUAAAUCCAAUUGCCAAACCUCAUAUUAUUUUUGUGAUUUGAACCUUAAACUUCUUUUCAAAUCCAUCCAUCCAAAUAAAGCCUCUUUGAAAUUUUAG